AGGACUCGGGCAGACCCGGCCGCGGCGCGGGCAUACGUCUGGUGGUACGCCGAGCGGCCGUCGUCAUCGGGCGUGGCAGCACCACCUUAUCCGAUAAUCGGACGGCCGAGGGCGCGCGGCUAGGGGAUCCCGGUCCACCAGUCGGCGAAUAAAGCCUCCCAAUUUAUUUAUUAAUUAUACGCUCGAACGACAUCGACCUCGUCCUCCUCUCUCUCUCCCCUUUCGCUCCCCCUCCUCCCCUCACCCUUUUAAACCCCAUCAGUUCUCUCCUUUCGAGCUGAGGAGAUGGCGGAAUUGGUGGAGCUCCCGAGUCGCCUGGGGAUUCUCCCUUUCAGGAACAAGGUCCUCUUGCCGGGAGCCAUCAUCCGAAUCCGCUGCACUUCUCCCAGCAGCGUGAAGCUGGUGGAGCAAGAACUAUGGCAGAGGGAAGAGAAGGGUUUGAUUGGUGUGCUUCCCGUCAGGGACACUGAGGCGGCGGCAGUGGGCUCGAUGUUAUCUCCAGGUGUGGGUAAUGAUUCUGGAGAACGGAGUCUGAAAGGUCCAGCUGAUGUAUUGGGGGAUUCUCAGAAGCAGGAUGGAAAGAACCAGCAAGAGUUGAUUCACUGGCACAACAGGGGUGUUGCUGCCAGAGCUUUACACCUCUCUAGAGGAGUGGAAAAACCAAGUGGAAGGGUUACAUACAUAGUUGUUCUAGAAGGAUUGUGUAGGUUUAGUGUUCAAGAACUCAGUGCAAGAGGAAAUUAUUAUAUUGCACGUGUCUCACGUCUUGACAUGACAAAAGCUGAGCUGGAGCAAGCAGAACAAGACCCAGAUCUUAUUUUGUUAUCUCGCCAAUUUAAAGCUACUGCUAUGGAGCUAAUUUCUGUUCUUGAGCAGAAGCAAAAAACUGUUGGUCGGACAAAAGUUCUUCUUGAGACAGUUCCUGUGCAUAGGCUGGCAGAUAUAUUUGUUGCUAGUUUUGAAAUAAGUUUUGAGGAGCAGUUAUCUAUGUUGGAUUCAGUUGACUUAAAAGUUAGGCUCUCAAAGGCAACUGAAUUAGUGGACAGGCACUUGCAGUCAAUCCGUGUAGCAGAAAAAAUAACUCAGAAGGUUGAGGGACAACUGUCAAAGUCACAGAAAGAAUUUCUUCUUCGUCAGCAGAUGAGGGCUAUAAAAGAGGAACUUGGUGAUAAUGAUGAUGAUGAGGAUGAUAUAGCUGCUUUGGAAAGAAAAAUGCAGAGUGCAGGGAUGCCUCCUAAUAUCUGGAAGCACGCACAAAGAGAAUUGCGGCGACUGAGAAAAAUGCAGCCUCAGCAACCUGGAUAUAGUAGUUCACGUGUGUACCUCGAACUCCUUGCCGAUCUUCCUUGGCAGAAGGUCAGUGAAGAACAUGAACUUGAUCUUAGAGCUGCCAAGGAACGUCUUGACCGUGAUCAUUAUGGUCUGGUCAAAGUUAAGCAGCGGAUUGUUGAAUAUUUAGCUGUUCGCAAGCUUAAACCUGAUGCCCGAGGCCCUGUGCUUUGUUUUGUUGGCCCACCGGGUGUUGGAAAGACAUCAUUGGCAUCAUCAAUUGCAGCUGCUUUGAACAGAAAGUUUGUUCGGAUAUCCCUUGGAGGUGUCAAGGAUGAGGCUGAUAUCAGAGGUCAUCGAAGGACAUACAUUGGAAGCAUGCCAGGACGUCUUAUUGAUGGAUUGAAGAGAGUGGCUGUUAACAAUCCAGUUAUGCUUCUUGAUGAAAUUGACAAGACAGGUUCUGAUGUUCGUGGAGAUCCAGCAUCAGCAUUAUUGGAAGUUCUUGAUCCAGAACAGAACAAAACAUUCAAUGACCACUAUUUGAAUGUUCCAUUCGACCUAUCAAAGGUAAUUUUUGUUGCAACUGCCAAUAGGAUUCAACCUAUUCCCCCACCACUGUUGGAUCGAAUGGAAGUCAUUGAGCUUCCUGGCUAUACACCUGAAGAAAAGUUAAAAAUAGCCAUGAAGCAUCUUAUACCACGAGUUCUAGAUCAGCAUGGAUUGAGCUCUGCAUUCCUUCAAAUCCCUGAGGCGAUGGUGAAAAUUAUUAUUCAGAGAUAUACUAGAGAAGCUGGUGUGCGGAAUCUUGAAAGAAACUUAGCUGCCCUAGCUCGUGCUGCAGCUGUCAAGGUUGCUGAGCAAGACUGUCCAGUUCAACUUAGCAGAGAUGUGCACCCAAUGACCAGUUCAAUACUUGACACAAGACUUGCAGAUAGUGCUGAAGUUGAAAUGGAAGUUAUUCCUAUGGGUGUUAAUAGGCAGGAGAUAUCAAAUGCUUUUUCAAGUGCCUCUGUCCUGGUUGUAGAUGAGGCUAUGCUGGAAAAAGUGCUUGGGCCUCCUAGGUUUGAUGACAGAGAAGCUGCAGAACGUGUAGCAACUCCUGGCGUAUCAGUUGGACUCGUCUGGACAACCUUUGGCGGAGAAGUUCAAUUUGUUGAAGCCACAGCAAUGGUGGGGAAGGGUGAUUUGCAUCUCACUGGACAACUAGGAGAUGUUAUUAAAGAAUCAGCACAAAUAGCUCUCACAUGGGUGAGAGCACGAGCAGCAGAUCUGAAGCUGUCUGGGGGGAUCAAUUUACUGGAGAAUCGGGAUAUUCAUAUACACUUUCCUGCUGGAGCAGUGCCAAAGGAUGGACCAUCAGCAGGAGUUACUUUGGUAACAUCACUAGUAUCGUUAUUCAGUCAAAGAAAAGUCAGAGCAGACACUGCAAUGACUGGAGAGAUGACUCUUAGGGGCCUUGUAUUGCCCGUUGGUGGCAUCAAAGACAAGGUCUUGGCAGCACAUCGAUAUGGAAUCAAGAGAGUGAUUUUGCCUGAACGCAAUUUGAAAGACUUAGCUGAGGUACCAUCAGCCAUUCUUGCUGGCAUCGAGAUUUUGCUUGUGAAGCGCAUUGAAGAUGUACUGGAACAAGCAUUUGAUGGUGGAUGCCCUUGGAGACAACACGCAAAGUUAUAGCAUUCUCCAUCUCCCAUGGAGAUAUAUUGGACUUGCUGGCUCAGUGCUGCAUUUAGGCCUCCACACUGGAUCAUGGCAAAUGGUGAUUGAACAUUGCUCAGUCUCCCCCAGUGCCAUUAAGGUUCUGAGGAUACUGUCUUCACAUAUCUGCCACCCAAUCUGCUUCGGUCGCAUGCUGUUCCAUUGUCUAUAGAAAAGCUCAGUAUAUAUGAAGGCAAGUCAAUGCGACUAUGAGUGUAUUUUUCAAACAGGGAGCAAGAAAGCAGUGGCUUUUCCAGUUUUUCUCUUUAAUCAAACUGAUAGCAAGCUUGUGUACAUUAUAAAAUAUUUAAUUACUGAAUGCACCAUAAUCUAUCACAAAUUUA